AUGCCCAAGGUGCUCAGCUACACUCCACCCUGGCUCUGCCGCCCUUCUCCCGGCGCUGCUCUCUUCUCUAGCUCUGCUGCCAAGGGGGCGAAUCGGGAGCAGCAGAAUGGCGGAAGAGAAGGCGACUACGUAGGCCCCGUGAAGACGCUGGCCAGACGGGGCAAUGAAGUGUUUGUGGUGGUGGACAAUCAGAUUCGGUGGUCGAACCUGACAAGACUCAAAGACGAAUGGAAACAGGGAAAGGCAUCUGAGAAGAACCCCCAGGCUUCUCAGGCAGCUAGCGAAGGGAAGGUCCAUUAUCGGGUGUUAAACGUGCCAGUUUAUAGCCAGAUUAGACAGAUACUCCCUUCCCCGAAUGGUUCAUUCCUGGCGAUUAUCACAGAUCACACAGUUCAUAUCUCGGUCAUUCCCGACUCUUCACAUCUCUCGGGCACAGACAACUCACCUAUCCGAGUCAAGACGUACCAGCUGGGCCCUACGACGCACGUUAUCCCUGAAGCACCUGUGGUGUCCGCAGUAUGGCAUCCGCUGGGGCUCUACAGUAACCUUAGUGCUUGCAUUGUGACUAUCACUACAGAUGCCGCUGUACGUGUGUGGGAGCUUGACAGGAACAAUCAAUGGUCUUUUGACCGGCCGACGCUUGCUAUUGAUCUGAAGAAGCUCGUGGAUGGGACGUCUUCCGACCAGGACUUUGCCCCGUCUGGAUUCGGAAAGAACAAGGGUUUCUCUGCCGAUAUGAUCGAUAUGGAGGUCGCUUCGGCUUGUUUCGGGGGUACUGGCAGUGACGGAGAGAACGCCUGGGCACCGAUGACGCUCUGGGUUGCCAUGAAGCCCGGCGACUUGUAUGCUCUUUGUCCGCUACUGCCAUCCAAAUGGCAGGCACCCUCGACUACGGUCCCUGCGCUCUCUUCGGCGAUUGUUCCGAAGCUUUCUGCCUUGGAGCAGGAUCCUGAAGAGCUGGAAGAGGAAUUAACUGCGUGUCGUCAACAGUAUGAAUGGCUGAAGGAAAUCGAUAGCCAGGAGCCGCUGUUCGCUCCCGCGAAUCACGAAACGCUCUCUGGAGCAGACAUUUUUGUUCGGCCCGCCAUUCCGAGUGCAAUCCCUAGAAUGCAAGGCCCGUUCCGCUUCGAUACAGGUGAUGAAAUCGAUGACCUGGAUCUCUGCGAUUUAUUAGUCGUCCCUGCCAAAGCCGACCUCGACGAUCUUAUGUUGGGAGAAGAAGAGGAGCUAGCCUUGGACCAGAGCUCAGAGGACAAGUUGUCCGCUACCCUCAUCUGUCUGUCAACCGGGACCGGCAGAGUCCACAUUUGCCUGGAGCUCGAUGGAGUUGAAGGCCAGUGGCUGCCCAAGGCUAAAAUAAACGCUUUCAGGACUCCGCUCUCCGAACCCUCAGACCUAGUUUUGGUUGAGUCGUUGGAUACCGUCAAGCAAGGCUUCCAACAGCCGAGCUCUUGGCCCAUGUUCUCGAGAGAUGUCCACUCCCAAUACGGCUUCUUCGUUACAUCCACAAGUGGUGUUUCGUUCAUCUCGCUUUCGUCGUGGGUGCAGCGGUUGGAGGCAGAAUUACAAUCCGAGGAUACCUCUGGAUCUGCUUUCCGCUUGCAAGUCUUGUGUGAAGGCUCCACAUCUUCAAGCGAACGGGUUCUUCAAGUCAGUGAUGAGGAUGGCCCUACCACCGGAGCCAAUGGAUCUACCCAUCUAGCGUCUCCUCUGGUAUUUUACGACUACGACCUCGGCUAUCUGUUGUUGACUUUCCGCUCUUCCCAGCCAUAUGCAGCUAUUCUCGAUGCUCCUGAGACUUCUUUCCCGUCUGUUGCUGAAUUACGACGCCUGGAUGCGACUAGCCAGGUUCCUGGAUCACCCAUCUUACCCCCGCGCCGGCUACCGUAUCAGGUCCCUGCUAUCUUCUACUCCGCUUCCCCCCUGGAAUUGUUUGUAGACAAGCAGGUUCCUCAUCGUCAGCGGCACACGCUCAAAGAACAAGUCCGCCUCUCUCCAGCAACUUUAGACUUGGUUGCCGCCGCCCAUCGGAUGCUGUCCGCUCACACAAAUGUUCUCGAACGCGCGGCGUCGGAUCUAUUCCGGCGUUGCGAGCGGUUACAAGGCGAGAUGCGGGACCAAUUGAAACAACUCACCGAUGUGGCCGAACGGAUCCGAGGUGUAUCUAGUGAGAUCGGCGAAGAUGGACAGAGGAAGGAGGGCUCUCGGAGCGGUGAGGCGUUGGACAAGCGACUGCAAGCUGCCAAGGACAGACAAGAACAACUUGUGCAGAGAUAUGAGCGACUCCGUUCCAAGCUGUACAAGUCCGGUGGCCGCCCGCUCAGCGAAAAGGAAAAGGCCUGGGUUGCCGAAGUGGAUACGCUUUCUGUAUCGUUCGCAGAAGGUAAAGAGAAAGAGGAAGGACGAGAGAGGGGGCCAGACCUCUCAUAUCGAUUGGAAAUGGUCAAAUCCAUUGCAGAGGAGAUGCUUGCCGAAGCCAAGACUAUCGCAUCGAGAGCUUCUGUGUCGCCUGAACCCAGCAGUCCAGCCGCUUCAGGGGCUCAACCAAAGGUUCCCCAGAGGCUGCAGCGAGCUAAAAUUGCCGAUGCCAUGAAAAUGGUUGAACGAGAAUCCGCGGUCAUUGACGCCAUCACCUCACGUUUAGAACGACUCAAUACAUGCUUAUAA